AAUAUAAACCAGUUGGUAAGAUAGGAGAGGGAACAUUUUCUGAUGUUCUGAAGACACUGAGUCUUAGGGAUGGAAAGUACUAUGCAUGUAAACACAUGAAGCAACAUUUUGAAAGUAUGGAACAAGUGAAUAAUCUGAGAGAAAUACAAGCGCUAAGGAGGCUGAGUCCGCAUCCUAAUAUCCUUAUGUUACAUGAAGUUGUUUUUGAUAAAAAAGCUGGCUCCCUUUCACUGAUAUGUGAACUUAUGGACAUGAAUAUUUAUGAGCUGAUAAAAGGAAGGAGAAAGCCAUUACCUGAAAAAAAAAUUAAGAACUACAUGUACCAGUUAUGCAAAUCUCUUGAUUACAUACAUAGAAAUGGGAUAUUUCACAGAGAUGUGAAACCAGAAAACAUAUUAAUAAAGCAGAAUACCCUGAAGUUAGGAGAUUUUGGAUCUUGUAGGAGUAUCUAUUCUAAGCAGCCACAUACAGAAUAUAUCUCUACACGCUGGUACCGAGCACCUGAAUGCUUACUUACAAAUGGCUACUAUAGUUACAAAAUUGAUAUGUGGAGUGCUGGCUGUGUUUUCUAUGAAAUCACAAGUUUUCAGCCUCUCUUUCCUGGAUCUAAUGAGCUGGACCAAAUUUCAAAAAUCCAUGACGUUAUAGGCACUCCUGCUAACAAAACUCUCAACAAGUUCAAGCAGUCAAGAACUGCAAGUUUUGAUUUCCCCUUUAAAAAAGGAAAAGGAAUACCUCCUCUUGUGCACAAUUUGUCUCCCAAAGGCUUCUCUCUGCUGUAUGCGAUGAUAAAAUAUGAUCCUGAUGAGAGAAUUGCUGCCCAUCAAGCAUUACAGCACCCUUAUUUUCAAGAACUCUGGGCAGCUGAUAUACAAGCUUUGGCCAUGCACAAAAAAUUAAGAUUACUAGGAAGUACAGCAGGGCAAGUACCUCUGCGUUUGUGGCAAAUUUCAAAGGAAAGUCAAAGACAGCAUGCUCUUAGGAAAGUCCAGGAAAAAACAAAACAACAUGGACCUCCUUGUGGAGAAUUACCGAAAUUAAAUCUUUCUGGAGGAGCCAAAUUGACUUCCUGUCCUAUUCCUACAUUGCAUUCAGUUUGCCAGACACCUCAAGAAAGUGGUGAAACCUCUGUCUUACAGUCUGUUAGAUUUAUUGGAUCAAAUAUCGAGUCUGAGAAAAAGAAGGCACUUCAGUCUUCCCCAAAACAUUUCCACUUACCUGCUAUAGAACGAAGAGGAGGAGGUUACUGA